AUGCCGCAGACUGCCUUACUUUUAAUUCCAAUGCUAACCUGGAUUAAAUCAGGCCUGGAGAAUGAGGCUGAUAUGGUUGACCCUUUGGACCAAAUUCCAAAGAUUUUGUUACUGAAUAAAUCAAUUAAUUGGUUGGAAUUUGGGCACCACUCCCGGCUUCGACAAAAAAAUUACGAUACGCCGUACAAUAUUCUUCGCCCAAUAUAUUUUGUCCCGAAGACGAAAAUUUGCUACUCAUCUCUGAUGGAAGAGGAAGUCGGAAAGCUGCACAAGAGUUCCCACGUGUGGGUGCUGAGGGACUAUUCCCAUUACAAAGAACGACUAGGCGCCGACCAAGCCAUCCAGAGCUGUGAAUUCACGGCGAGAGGCCACCGCUGGGCUAUUUUGAUCUACCCCCAAUGA